GGGCGCACAUAACCAUAGCCUACAGAUCACCGGCGCUGCUCAGCUGGAUGCCAGCGAGGCGCACCACAUCCACUUGGCGCUGUGAGGGCAGGACGGCACCAUAGUUGGGUCCUGGUGAAAAAUGCAGAAGUCAAGAAACGCGUAGAGGAUAUUGAGAAUCGAAGAAUUUGUAUCCCGGCGCGAAUACGAUCGGCUGCAGGAUCUGAAUAGGACGAGAGGACAGGACACCUCCCCAGACUUGCUGGAACUACGGAGUCAUUUUGCGCGGCGAAUCUUCAUGCGCAGGUAACAGGCUCUCCAGGAUUUAUCAGCAAAGAAAGGACACAAAACAAAAAAGAAACAUUGGACUAUUACAAAAUUACAGCUCAAAUCAUGUGUGUCCUGGGUCGUCUUUAUCGACAUGGAAUGCACUGAGUGGUUUUAGCCGAUUUAGAUAUCUCUGGUUGGACCCAGACGGAGUAUUUCCUUGCAAAUUGUGUAACAGCUUUGUUGAUCACUUGCGCUUGUGUGGAGAGUAAACGCACAUUGUGGGUCAUCGUCUAGGUAGUGUCUCUGUCACAAGGGUUCACAUAGGCUUUUAUACGUCUUUUCGAAGAAAAUUAUGUGUAUCGUCUUUUGGAAGUCUUCUACAUUUUAAGUAUGACAAUUUGACUUCACGGGAUGAGAAGGAACCUUUUACGCGUCCAUCGCAUGAAAAUCCACCAUCAACUCUUUCCCAAGCUUUCUAAGUGGAGCAGGAAGGGUCCGUACUACGCGGCGUUUAUUCUCCUAUAAGUGAACUCUGCAACUUUGCAUGGUACCACUUCCAGACCACGAAAGCUGAUUUAAAGUGGAAUACAAGAAUAGAUGAUCAGCCGAGGACAGUGCCCGAAAUAACAGCUUCCAUCAUGUUCAAAAGGGGCUGUGGGCUGGAGUUCCUGCUGGUCCUUUGUGGUCUGGAGCUGUCCUGGUCGUGCCCGCGCCACUGCAUCUGCUACACGGGGCCCAGCACGGUCAGCUGCCAGUCGCACAACUUCCUGUCCGUGCCCGAGGGCAUCCCGCCGCACAGCGAGCGCCUCUUCCUGCAGAACAACAAGAUCCACCGGCUGCUGCGCGGCCACUUCAGCCCCACCACGGUCACGCUCUGGAUCUACUCCAACAACAUCACCUACAUCGAGCCCAGCACCUUUCACGGCUUCACCGUGCUGGAGGAGCUGGACCUGGGGGACAACCGACACCUGCGCUCGCUGGACUCGGAGACCUUCCGCGGCCUGAGUCGGCUCCACGCGCUGCACCUGUACCGCUGCGGCCUCAGCGUGCUGCCCACCGACAUCUUCAAGGGCCUGCGCAACCUGCAGUAUCUCUACCUGCAGGACAACCAUUUGGAGUUUCUGCAGGACGACAUCUUCGUGGACCUGCACAACUUGAGCCACCUGUUCCUGCACGGCAACCGGCUGUGGAGCCUGCACCAGAACACGUUCCGGGGCCUGGGGGCCCUCGACCGGCUGCUGCUCCACCACAACCGGCUCCAGUGGGUGGACCGGCAGGCCUUCCACGACCUGCGGCGCCUCACCACGCUCUAUCUGUUCAACAACUCGCUGGCGGAGCUGAGCGGCGAGUGCCUGACGCUGCUGCCGGCGCUCGAGUACCUGCGGCUCAACGACAACCCGUGGGAGUGCGACUGCAAGGCGCUCUCCCUCUGGGACUGGCUCAAGAAGUUCCGCGGUUCCACGUCGGCGGUGGGAUGCGUGGCGCCGGCCGACGCGGCCGGCAAGGACCUCAAGCAGCUGCGCAAGGAGGACUUCCCCAACUGCUCGGGCUCGGAGUCGCUGCACCAGAGCAACACGUGGGGCAGCACGGACAAGGUGUCGCUGAAGAAGGAGCCGCUGCCGGCGCCGCCGCACGCCCCGCGGCCCCACCACCCGCACCGCAACGGACAGUUACCCUCACCACCCUCGCCUCUGCCCCACCCGCCCACCUCCAUCAACGGGGAGAACUCCGGCUCGGGGGGCCUCCCUGGAGCGGGGCCCCCGCACAGAUCCGGCGGUGGCCGCUCGCGGAACUGCACUCGCCAGCGCACCAAGGGCGGCAAGGGCCGGGGCCUGAACGACGUGCACACCCUCAAGGAGGUGGCCGAAAAGGAGUACUCCUCGCCCGACGGGGGCAAGGAUGACCCGACCACCCCGGAGGGCUCCACCCCGCGACGGAAGCACAAGUGCACCCCCCGGACCUCUAUGCGGCCCCCUAGCGGGGUGCAGCUGCCAACCGACUGGGCGGCUCCACGGUGGCCUGGGCCACUUCUCUGCAGCUUGCUGGCUGUGCUAGCGGCGCUAUCCACGGAACUGAUCCUGCGCUGACGCCGCACAGCAUCAUGGCCAUAACAAUGACAAAGCAAAUCCUCCGACCCACUCAAGCUCCACCACUGGAAGGCCCGUGUGUCCAUAUGUGUGUGUGUGUGUGUGUAUGAGUGAGAGAGAGAGAGAGAGAGAAAAGAGCCUGGUUGUGCUUGUAUGUAUGUGUGUGUGUGGUGUGUGGUGUGUGUGUGUGUGUGUGUGUGUGUGUGUGUGUGUGUGUGUGUGUGUGUGUGUGUGUGUGUGUGUGUGUGUACUCUGUAUGUGUAACUAUACCAUUGUGUAAGGAGCUUUUGCUGUUUUUAGACUCUCAACUAGACCUAUUAACACUGAACAUCCAAUGUGAGAACCACUCACAGUAUUAUGUGAGAAUGUGGGAGUCUAGAUGAUGAAGAGGCAGAGGUUCGGGAGAGGCAGAACACAGAUCAUGCUCGCACUGCCACUGUCGCCAUUGCAGUUGAUUUUCUCAUUUUGUGUUGUCUGGUUUUAUUCUUGUACUGUUCAUGAUAGUUGUGCAUCAUUAACUGUAAGAGAAGUAUGCAGACUGAGACAAUGAUGAUCCUAGGGUCAGACCGAAGUUGACCAGAACGGGACAGUGUUGUCCAAUAAAACAGUUUAUUUUGUUUUCUUUUUCACUUUUUCAGGUGUGCGAAUAGCAGGAAAAUGCAAAAUGACAAUUUUGCAUAUACAAAGUCGGUCUAUUGUCAAAUGCAACAUUUAUUGCCAAAUGUGUUUCUUAGUCUGUUGCCAACAUAAGUUCUGCUGACAUGAGUAGAAAGUAAUAGAAAAACAUUACUUAUCAGCCAAGGAAUGCACAUUCCGCUUUCACAGUACAUUGUCCAAAUUUGUCCUUGCUAUAUAACUCAUUGCAGAUAAAUAUACAGUCCAUAUGACAACCAUUCAAGCACAUUAUUAUUUCUUAUCGGUGUCGCGUUUAUUUCUGCAUUUUAUUUCUGCUUUUUUCCUUGUCUUCUCCAGAAAUUGUUUCAGGUCUCUCCCUUUUUCUUUGAUUGUAUUUCUUUGCUAUUGCACAUUACAAAGGUAAUUAUC